GGAGAUGUAGCAGUGAUAUUUACUACUACCAUCGAUACAAUAUAUUUUUUUUUACCGAGUGCCUGGAAAAGCUUGACGUAGUAGGUUCUAUAAAUAAUGGCUUCUGCCAUGGGAAAUCGAAGCAUACUACUGAAAUGGAGAUUGAAAAGAGAGAAGAAAAAAGGGUUGCCGACCAUGAACAUGGGAAAAGGCAAAAGGGAGGGUUGGUCACCAUGCCUUUCAUCUUUGCAAAUGAAGCCUGUGAGAAGCUGGCGGUGGUGGGUUUUAACGCUAAUAUGAUAAGCUACUUAACGACACAGCUUCAUAUGCCAUUAACCAAAGCAGCUAAUACUCUUACUAACUUUGGAGGAACUGCCAGCUUAACGCCCUUGCUCGGAGCUUUCCUUGCCGAUUCAUUCGCCGGCCGGUUUUGGACUAUAACCAUUUCUUCCAUUAUAUAUCAAAUAGGGAUGAUAAUUUUAACACUGUCAGCCAUACUGCCAAAGCUAAGGCCGCCACCAUGUAAAGGCGAACAAACUUGCCAAGAAGCUGAUACAGGACAGUUGGCAAUCCUGUACGUGUCUCUGCUGCUGGGAGCAAUAGGGUCGGGUGGGAUCCGGCCAUGCGUGGCUGCAUUCGGGGCGGACCAAUUCGACGAAUCGGAUCCAAAGCAGACAACCAAGAUAUGGAGGUACUUUAAUUGGUACUACUUUGUUAUGGGAGGAUCAAUUCUGGUCGCCGUGACGGUUCUUGUUUACAUUCAAGACAAUGUGGGAUGGGGUUGGGGACUUGGUGUUCCAACCAUUGCAAUGUUUCUGUCGGUUGUUGCCUUCAUUUUCGGGUACCCACUUUACCGCCACCUGGAUCCGGCAGGCAGCCCUUUUACCAGGUUAGUGCAAGUAGGAGUGGCGGCUUUUAGGAAGAGGAAGGUGGCUAUGGUUUCUGAUCCUAUCCUUCUGUACACGAAUGAGGAGCUCGAUGCUGCCAUUUCUCUUGGUGGAAAGCUUUUUCAUACUUGUCAGAUGAAGUUUCUUGACAAAGCAGCAAUAGUGACUGAGGAAGACAACAUAAAACAUGGGCAACCACCCAAUCCAUGGCGACUCGACACGGUUCACCGAGUUGAAGAACUUAAAUCGGUGAUUCGUAUGGGCCCAAUCUGGGCAGCGGGAAUUCUCCUCAUCACCGCCUACGCUCAACAGAACACCUUCUCCCUCCAACAAGCGAAAACCAUGGACAGACACCUCACCACCCACUUCCAAAUUCCCGCCGGCUCCAUGUCCGUAUUCACCAUGCUGUCCAUGCUCUCCACCAUCGUCAUCUACGACCGCUUCUUAGUCCGCAUAGCUCGCAGAUUCACCGGCCUGGAUCGCGGCAUCACCUUCCUGCACCGCAUGGGGAUAGGGUUCGUGAUUUCCGUAUUGGCGACCCUAGUGGCUGGGUUCAUUGAGCAGAAGCGAAAACAGGCAGCCAUAGCUAAUGGGCUCCUCGACAAACCUCAAUCAAUAAUCCCCAUUUCAGUUUUCUGGCUUGUCCCGCAGUAUAGUCUUCAUGGGAUAGCGGAGGCGUUCAUGUCGAUUGGGCAUUUGGAGUUUUUCUACGAUCAGGCACCUGAAAGCAUGAGGAGCACGGCGACUGCUCUGUUUUGGACAGCGAUAUCUGCUGGGAACUAUACGAGCACUCUUUUGGUUUCUUUGGUGCACAAGUACAGCGCAGGGCCUGAUGGGUCUAACUGGCUACCUGAUAAUAACCUGAAUAAAGGAAAGUUGGAAUAUUUUUACUGGUUGAUCACAGCAUUACAGGUGGCUAAUCUGAUUUAUUACAUAUGCUGUGCCAAGAUGUAUACGUUUAAACCUAUUCAGGUUCAUAACAAAGAAGAAGAUGCAGAUGAUCGGGUUUCCAACAAGGUGUGAAUGAAUGAGGGAGCAGAUAACAUAUUAUAGAUACGUGUAUGUAAACGCAUACCCUGAAUAACAGCAAGUGCCAUCUUCUUUCUAGAAGAUAAUGAGAAGUGGUGUUAGCAGAACAUCCUUGUAGAUGAUGGAGAUAAAAAGUUAGAAUCAGAAAAACUGUUAAUUUUGGUCAGUGGGUUAUAUAUAUAUAUAGUAGAAAUGUCAGGCUUAAUUAUUGGUA